AUGGUACUUCCGCCAGUGGUACGGGGCAACGGCGGUGGUGGUGGCCGCUGCUCAGCCUCAGGCCACACCUUGGAGACGUCUCUCGUCGGCAGUCUUCCCGAUAUCACUGGGAGUGACCUUGCUGAGAGCACCCUCGUCGCCUCGUCCCCGACAGAGGAAGUGUUGCGCGGCAGCCUUGACCACCUCGCCAAAUAUCUGCGACAAACCCAAGCGCGGGAGACGCGACAACGCACGCUCCUCGUGGAGGAGGCCCUGGCGCACUUCGCGGACAUUAUCCGCCGUCACGUCGCUUACCUGGAUAUUGCGGCAUCCUGCGCCGUCCUGCAAGCCACACGAAACGCACAAGCGCAGGCGAAGGCGCGGCAAGCUCAGCAGUGGCAGCUGCAGAUCUUGGAAGACGCGCUGCGUGGCACCGUUGCCGAGGAAGAGAAGCGCCGUAACGCGCACGCGCAGGCGGAGUUGUCGGUGCGCAGGUCACUGGUGCAGCUGCAACAUGCUGAAGUGCACCCGGUGCUGCUGCGCGAGGCCUUUUUUCGGCUGAUGCACGCCGAACACGUGCGGCGCUCCUUCCUGCACCGGGAGGAGGCACGCGCGGUGGAGGCGAUGGGGAUUCCGUCCUUCAUCUCGCUUCCCUGCCGAUCGGCGCCUCAUGAUGCCCCGUUUGGCUUCGGCGGUGGUGGCAAGGCCGACGCUAAGCAGAGUGUUGUGGAACUGAGCAAGCUUGACUUGAUGGCCGGCCAGCGGUGCCCGUUUCGGUGUGCGGCGGACUGCCCAUACAUGCUACAGCGUACUCGGCAACUGGGCAAACGCUGGGCGGCUGCAGUGGCCAGCGGUGAGGACACGCGCGCCACUGCGGCCUCGCUCCGACUUGGCCGUCGCACAGCCUCUCCAUCCCCCGUUUCCCGGCCGUCGCAGCGGUGGCGAGUGUCUGGACUAGGAAUCACGGAGGUGGGCAAGCAGCGCGUGCGCAACGCGAUGGCGAUGGGGCACUACAGCGCCACUGCCGAGUUUCUGCCUGCAUUACGCUUGUAG